AUGCUUUAUCGUCUGUCGAACAGAACAGCUCUAUACCGCCUUCAAGCACUCUCACGACAAGUCAGAAAUAUCGGCAUGAUGAAAGAAGCGAUUGUGUCUAGCGGUCCGGAGGUGGAGAUUGUUGAUAGUCCAAUCCCCAAAGCUGGACCUGGUCAGGUUGUGACUAAGAUUGCUUUUGCCGCGAGUAAUCCAAAAGACUGGAAGCGGCCUUUGUACUGGGGUGCCAAGGGUACGGGGAACCAAGGUGAUGAACAUGCUGGUGUUGUUCAUGAGGUUGGCGAAGGAGUGUAUGAGUUCAACCCUGGUGAUCGUGUUGCGGCGAUGCAUGAGAUGAAGACUCCUGGUGGGAGCUAUGCUGAGUAUGGAUUGAGUCCUGCUUAUACCACGUUCAAGUUACCAGACAACACUUCCUUCCAAGAGGGAGCAGCAAUACCACUCACAGCACUAACUGCGGCAUGUGCGCUUUAUGCACGUCUUAAACUCCCAGAGCCAUGGCUUCCAGUCCCAGACUCUGAGAAAAUUCCCUUGGUCAUAUGGGGUGCAUCUUCAGCAGUGGGAUCAUAUGCAAUUCAACUUGCUAAACGCUCCAACAUCCAUCCCCUCAUUUGCAUAGCUGGCAAAGCCCAGGAACACGUCGAAAGUCUCAUCGACAGAACCAAAGGCGACACAGUCAUUGAUUACAGAAAAGGUCGCAACACAGUCAUCCAAGAGAUGAAACACCAUCUCGGAAACCAAAAGCUAGAAUAUGCAUUCGAUGCGAUAUCUGAGGGAGGUUCAUACCAGACUAUCUGCGAUGUUCUUGAUAAGACUACUGACUUUGGAUAUGUUUUUACCAGAUACUUCAGCAAGGGGCUUGAGGAUGGGUGGCUCAAGGCACAUCCACAGGAGGUUAUUCCAGGUGGAUUGGAAGGUAUUCAGCAGGGGUUAGAGAAUUUGGAGAAUGGAAAGGCUAGUGCUGUCAAGUAUGUGUAUAAGAUUGUGGAUACACCUGGUGUCGUGCCUUGA